AGAGUGAUCGCAGUCUGUACAGGAAGUGUCUGUCUAUCUGGUUCGCCCAGGACAAACUUCCCCACUACAACCUGUGCUUAUCAUCUUAUUACUCAUCACUUAUUUAUUCCAACUUUUAAUAUAUAUGUUUAAUUUCAACGCAUAAGACUGCCAGGAGAGUGACGUUUUAUAUCAGAAGCCAGGUCAUUGGAAUACUAAUAAGAGUUCUUGGGAAUGUGACAGCACUGUUUUAAAACUUAAUAAGGUCUGCUGAACAUGUAUCCCGAACAGAUCAGGAGCCUGCGGUGAAAUGCAAGACAUGGCAAGCAAAUAAAUACCGUCAUCUUCAUACAGUUUUUAUUAGACGUAAGUUGCAGACAGACGGAGCGAAUCGGUCGGUUUAUGAAAAGGCAGGUUUUCUCUCUGUCUAAUAAACGUGUGAAGGGGUUAAAGGGCUUCUUAAUGACGGAUAGCCGGCAGCGCAGGUCGCCCUGCACAGUUCAUUACCCCGAUGAUCAUGAGAUAACCACGUCACACCUGUAAAAAUAGAUACCCAAAUUUGUGCAGCACAAAACUUUGUUUUCGCCCCUGUAACUACAAUGGAGUCCUAUAUCAAGUUCACAAACCAAACCCAGGGAAGGGAUCGCAUUUUCAGGGCAGCGCAGUACGCAUGCGCAUGCGUUAAGUACUUGAUACGAAAUAAUGCUGCAAAGAAAGAAUUAGCAGAAAAACUGCGAAAUCUGGAGUCCAGCUUGAGCGCCGGGAGGAAGCUGUUCAGGCUGGGGAACACCGUGAGCUCGGUGGACGCGGCGGCCCAUGCACUGCAGCUGACGGACCCGGUGCUGCAGCUGUGCCUGACCGGCGCCCACCUCAGCCGUGCCCUCUACUUUGUGUGUGACAACGUGCUGUGGGCCCGGGCCGUGGGCUUGGCUCUUGGGCUCGACAAGGAGCGGUGGGGCCUUCGCGCCUCCUACUGCUACCUCCUGAGCCUGCUGCUCAGCCUGCUGCGGGACGCCUACGUCUUGGCCCGGCUGGCCGCCUACUAUGCCCGGGGGCAGCAGCGCUGCCGCCAGGCCCCCCCACCUCCCAGCAGCACCGAUAACGGCUCGGCCUGCUGCCAACCCCCAGGGUCCGUGCUUCCGUCCAACCUGAUGGAGGUGCUGUGGGCCAGCCCAGCGGUGGCCCUGGACGUGGUGAAAAACAUGUGUGACCUCUUCAUCCCACUGGACCGGCUGGGCGUGUACCGGAGCAGCGCCGGUGUGGUGGGCCUGUGUGGCCUGCUGUCCUCCCUCAUAGGAAUAUUAACGCUGCUGGAGCCCCGUCUGAAGCUGAAGCCUUGAUGGUGCAGCGCACCCGUCACCAAGACCUCCAGAGGUCAGCUCUGCUCCGAUCGUACCUCCUCACGGCAGCGUGUUCAUCCGGCGGCUCUAUUACUGGUGCAAGAGCUCGAUUUUCUUAUUCACGAGGGAUUACUUUUCAGUGUGUGUCUAGGACUAACGUCAAUAAAUCUGACAAAAGUCAGAUAAUCAAACUGAUCUGGCAGUGGUACUUUUGUUAGAAACUUGAAGAAAAUGAGCUGCUGUGUUUCGGCGCCUCAGUUAAUGACCAGAUGGGGAAACCAGCAUAGGGAGCAAUAAAACUUAUUAUUCCUUUGACAAAAUACUGUGUGGCUAAAAUGGUGAAAAUCCCCUAUUUAGCGUACAGGGAGAUAUUCAGUGAUGUGAUAAAGAUGAAGCACUUUUUCAUGAAAAUGAGCAGUAGCACAGAUUCACAGGCAGAUUACGAUAUUAAACAGGUAAGGAAAUAAAUCUUGAAUCUUUUACAGAGGAAGCCAGGCUAAAGCAUGCGGUUGGCCUUGUGGAUUAACUUACUGUACCGGCAGGUACAUUGUGCUUCAAACACAAAACUACUGUAUGGAAAAUGACUAACUGUGGCUACUUUGUUGGGAGCAUUUGAUUUAUGCAAGCCUCCUAACGCACAUAUCUACACAUUUUGGGGUGUCCUGUUUUCACUGGCUCACUGGUAAUUGUGACUGGUCCUGAACUGCCUAUGGUUCAUAUACAGCCAAACGUGUCUGUCUCCAUUGCACCAGUCUGCAGUCGUAUCACUUUUCUCACUUGAUUUGUUGGGAGAUUGACAGAUUUAUUAUUAUUUUUUUUUUUAAGAUAAUUUGUCUCAAAAAAUUAAAAGUUUGCUAUUCUGCAAAGACAGAUGCUCAUUCAACUGUUUGCAUGUUACGGUGACUACUUUGCAGUUUCAGAAAGGUAAAGAACGGUCUACGUGGCUCCGAGCCUGAGCAGCGACUUUGUAAAGAACGUGUGACGUACAUGUUUAAUGACCUGGAAUCCUGCUGUGAUUAGUCAGUAUUUUCAUGUAAAUGCUAACCUUAUUUUUUUGAAGAUGGAUGUGUAUGUAUCAUGAUCUAGAUUAUUUAAAUAAGACAAUUUAAAUAACUUUAAUAAAAUUUCUAAAUUGA